AUGAGCAAUGAAUUGGGGAAUGCUAUUGCAAGCACAGUGAUUGAUACAUUCAAUGGACUAUCCAUAAAAUCAGGCAAACCGGUUGUUAGGUCAAAUGGGGUAGAAGAGUGGACAGUGCUUGCUAGUGUAGUUGCAAUUACCAACAACAACAUAAUGCCUAUCACGUUGGCAACGGGAGUGAAAACUUUACCAGACAAAGUUAGAUCCUAUUCAAAUGGUUUAAUGGUACAUGAUAUGCAUGCAGAAAUCUUAGCCCUUCGUUUAUUCAAUUAUUAUUUGCUUGAAAAGGACUGUCCGUUGGUUGAGCACUCGGGUCUAAAACACGAUGUAAAGUUGGCACUUUUUAUUAGUGAACCGCCAUGUGGCGAUGCAUCGAUGUCCUACAUUUCCUCAAACCUAACCAACAACGAACCUUGGACUCCACAAAAGAAACAGUUAAAUCGGGGAAGAAACAAUUUUGGCGAAUUAGGAGUUGUCCGAACCAAACCAGGAAGGUCAGACAGUUUGAUUAGUUACUCCAAAUCAUGUUCAGAUAAAUUGUGCUUAAAACAGUUGGUUGGCAUAUGCAAUGCUACAACUUCAACUUUGUUCAAGGAUAGCAUUUUUCUUGAUUAUCUAGUGACCAAAAACCUUCCUGCCAAAGAUUUCCAUCGAUGCUUUAGAACAAGAUUCGAUCUACCGAGCGUGGUACACCCCUUGCAGUUGCUAACUUAUGACUGCGAUGGCUAUGAAUUUGUCAAAAGUGAAGAGAAAUUGCCGUCGCAAUUGAGUCUUCUUCAUAUUGUGCCGUUAAACGUAACUCAGGUUUUGAACAAUGGGGUGAAAAAUGGGUCCUUUAUAAAAAAUAAGCCCCCAAAGAAAGGUGGUGAGAGUAUUAUAUGCAACCAGAACUUCAUAAACAGACUUAAACAAAUACGUGAGGUAGACUAUCCAGACUACGUAUCGUUCAAACACUCCAACACGGCACGUCAGGCACUAAAGAUGGCAGGCCGGAAAAAACUAAAAGACUGGGUUUCGUCUACUGCUGACAAUUUUGUAUUAUAG